AUGGCCCAAGGAUCGUCUGUACAAAGUCACGGGGUUAAGAUGCUAUCCCUAGUGGAGAAGCUCAAUGACCUCAAAGUUGGGGUUGACAAUGACACGUACAUUGACGUGAUCCUUCAGUCGCUUCCUCUGUCCUACGACCCGUUCAUUAUUAACUACAACAUGAACGGACUUGAAAAGUCUAUUCAUCAGUUAAUUAAUAUGUUGCUCCAAUAUGAGACGCUGACCCACAAAUCUAUGUCGGCGGUAGUAGUAGGAGAGGCUUCAACCUCUAAAGCGAAAGGCAAGAGGGUCGAACGGUGGAAGAGGAAGAAGGGCAAGGGAAAAGCUGCCGCAACCACUAUUUGA